AUGGGUCGCGACGCGAACGCGGAGUUGCCGUUCAACCUUACUGAGACAGAUAGACUGGUACUGUCGCAGACGGACGAGGAUUUUGAGGCACAUGACUGGGAAAAUUUGCAAAAGCUCAUUGGAGCCAACAAACUUGAGCUCCUCAAGCGGAAGCCGUCUGACCUCAGACGCUAUAUCCAGUGGAGUGCCAGCGUCAGGGUAGAAUAUGGAAGUGUAGCCAACUACGUCCUUGUCAACCGCCUGCCUAAAUCCUGGGGUCAGCCGCCCUUCACUCCUGCCUCCAGCACACCGUUCGCGGACCCCUCCGACUACCGGGUGCUGAUCAACGAGUGGCCCUAUGGCCUGGCACCGGGCAUCACUCAUCUCGUUGUGUGGUCGCGCACCCUGAUCCCCACAGAUGAUGGGAUCGGCGACCUGACGCCCGAGAGUCGGAAACUAGUUGCAGACUUCGUGAAGCGUUAUUUCGUUGAGCGGCUAGGUCCUGGUGGAGAAGAUCGAGUGCUGUGGUUCAAGAACUGGGUGUCGUUGCAGAGUGUGCGGAGUGUCGAUCAUGUCCAUGUCCUGGUGAGGGAUGUUGGGCCUGAAAUCAUCGAGGAGUGGACGAAGGAGCAGGAUUACCAUAAAGAGCGGUCGAUUUAA